AUGGAGACCACCGUGGGAGCGCUGGGUGAGGAUAGCACAGACACGUCCACCAGCUUCCUUUCUGCCCUUGAUGCCCACGGAGCCCAGGCUGCUUCCUUUCCAGUCACUUUCAGCUAUGGUGACUAUGACACACCCUUGGAUGAAGAGGAGGAUGUGACCAAUUCUUGGACUUUCUUUGCUGCCAAGAUUGUCAUUGGCAUGGCUUUGGUGGGUAUCAUGCUGGUGUGUGGCAUUGGCAACUUCAUUUUUAUCACUACCCUGGCCCGCUACAAAAAACUUCGCAAUCUCACCAACCUGCUUAUUGCCAACCUGGCUAUCUCAGACUUCCUGGUGGCCAUUGUGUGCUGCCCCUUUGAGAUGGACUACUACGUGGUACGCCAGCUCUCCUGGGAGCAUGGCCAUGCCCUAUGUGCCUCUGUCAACUACCUGCGCACCGUUUCCCUCUUCGUCUCCACUAAUGCCUUACUGGCCAUUGCCAUUGACAGGUACCUGGCCAUAGUCCACCCUCUGAGACCACGAAUGAAGUGUCAAACAGCUGCGGGCCUGAUCUUCCUGGUGUGGUCAGUGUCCAUCCUCAUCGCCAUCCCGGCCGCCUACUUCACCACGGAGACUGUACUGGUCAUUGUGCAGAGCCAGGAAAAGAUCUUCUGUGGCCAGAUCUGGCCGGUGGACCAGCAGGUCUACUAUAGGUCAUACUUCCUCUUGGUCUUCGGCCUCGAGUUCGUGGGCCCUGUGAUCGCCAUGACCCUGUGCUAUGCCAGGGUAUCCCGGGAGCUCUGGUUCAAGGCGGUGCCAGGCUUCCAGACCGAACAGAUCCGCCGGAGGCUUCGCUGCCGCCGCAGGACCGUGCUGGGACUUGUGUGUGUUCUCUCAGCCUAUGUCCUAUGCUGGGCACCCUUCUAUGGCUUCACUAUUGUGCGUGACUUCUUCCCCUCCGUGUUUGUGAAGGAGAAGCACUACCUCACCGCCUUCUAUGUGGUGGAGUGCAUUGCCAUGAGCAAUAGCAUGAUCAACACGCUGUGCUUCGUGUCGGUCAGGAACAACACCAGUAAGUACCUCAAGAGGAUCCUGCGGCUCCGGUGGAGGGCCUCUCCCAGCGGGAGCAAGGCCAGUGCCGACCUGGACCUCAGGACCACGGGGAUGCCUGCCACAGAGGAGGUGGACUGCAUCGGACUGAAAUAAGCAAAAUGGUACCACAACACCUGAAUGCUCACGGAAAUGAUGAAUGUGUUUUUCGGGAGAAAGCAGAGGAAAGAGACAACCAC